AUGUAUGGAGAUGGGCCCCGGAAACUAUUGUCACUGGACGUAAAUGCAACCGUGAUGGAGUCUCCACCUACCAGAGCGCUACGUUCACUGGUCCCGAGGGACACCAGGCCGUGGCACUUCGAAGCCAAUCAGACAUGUCUGCCUUCUACAACUGCAGAAUGGACGGGUACCAAGAUACAUUGUACGCCCAAACCCAUCGCCAGUUUUUAUCGCAAUUGUGUCAUUUCUGGCACAGUUGAUUUCAUCUUUGGCGAUUCAUCCACUGUUAUACAAAACUGCUUGAUCAUUGCAAGGAAGCCCAUGGACAACCAACAAAACACAGUUACUGCUCACGGACGAAGCAAUAAACGUGAGACCACUGGUCUGGUAAUCCAAAACUGCCGAAUUGUCCCCGAGCAAAAACUUCAGCCUAUGAGGUUCAAAAUCCCUACCUAUUUGGGUCGGCCAUGGAAGGAAUACUCAAGGACUGUUAUUAUGGAAACGACACUGGCAGACUUCGUCCAGCCAGCAGGAUGGCUGCCAUGGGCCGGGAACUUUGCUCUCGACACAUGCAACUUUGCGGAGUAUGCAAACCGUGGUCCAGGAGCAAGACAGAUAAGAGGGUGA